AUGGCACUGGUGCGGGACCCAUAUUUCUGGAAACGCUUCUCCACAGCGGUCCACCAGGAAGAAGUGUCCAAGAGCGAACUUGAAUGCGCUACACCUGUCAAGGAACCAGACUCAUGGCUUGAACGCGAACGCCGCAAGCGCAAGCGAUCCCUAAUCUGGGGCUUCGUGAUCUUCUUCGGUGUCAUCCUACUAGUGACUGGCGGGGUGAUCGUCUGGUGGCUGGCCAAGCACAACUGGCUGCAAAAGGUUGAACCUUAA